AUGGUAGUUAAGAAUAAACUGCUAUCAUUUUCAGAUCCUGAUACAUUAACAAAGAUGACACUAAGGUCUCCCUCCACAUCCUUAAGUCUCCCACCAAACAAACUCAGCUCAUCCUCUGGCCAUUGCACAUGCUGUGGGCAUGGCUCUAGUGGCCCAAUGGGUUCACAAGAAGGACUGGUCUGUUCAUUCUGUGGAAAUGGAGUUAGCGAACAAGUCUCUUCUCCCACAGAAGAAGUAGAAGAGGGAGAAUCAAAACUAUCCAGAGGUAUAUUUAAUACAAUUAUGAUCAAAAACAUUUGGAACUGCAUAAACUUUUAAAGCCAUGUCUAAUUGAUGCACUGCUAAAUAACAAAGAAUGUCAUGAGCUGACAUCACAAGCUCAGUCUUCUUUAUCUGUCAGGCUGCUGCUAUUGGAAGCUUAAAUUUAUGGCCAACCACAUAAUUAAUUUUUAUACAAAUUAGUAAUGGGACUGAGGUAUGGUAAUUAUAAAAGGCUCCUGUUAUGUGGACAUCCAAUUUUGAUUCAUUAAGUAACAGACCUUUUUAGCUUGUAUGUUUUGUUUUGCUACUUCAGACCACGUGAUGGUACCCCAGAGAACUGUUUCUUUCAAAUAUCAUCUUAUUCACGUGGCUGCACUUGUAUGCUUAAUUUAUGAAAAGACAAAAGGCAAAUUUCCUGGAUAACAUCACGUGGUCUGAAUAUUGGAAAAACAAAACAUACAAGCUAAAAAGGUCUAUUACAUGAUUAUGUUUAGGGUUAUAAGUUUUUGGUUCAGGUCUUGGCCAUUAAAAAUAAAUCUAUAACAAGUGUUAAAGCAAAAUAGGGUAGCUACUGAGAAAGACACAUAUUCUGAAAGUGAGUGCGGGACAUAAAGAAAAAAUUGUACUCCCAGAUGGACUGGAACCAACAGCAUGCAUGCACUCCUAAUUACGGGCAAUAUGUUAGAAAUAUUAAUAUUAAAUUAUUAUUAUUGUAUUGUUUCACUGUCUCAAUCCCCUACAGUACUCUGUGAUGCGAGGAACAACGCCUUAAAAGAAAGGGAACUUUGGUCAUGCAUUGUGAUUCGUAGAUCAAUUCACCUUGUUAAGGUCCUUUCAAAACCUUGUGUCAUCACCGUCCAGCAAUUCUUAACCAUGUUAAAGAUGUAAGUAUAAUAGACCACUUCAAAGUUCCCCCGGACCUCUGUAUCAAAACGAGGUUAAGUGCUCAUCCUCUGAUAUGGAAAUGAUUUUUCAUUCUCAAGCAAAUAAAACUCAUUUUCACAAGAAAGGUUGUGCACUUGACCUCAUUUUUAACGUGAGGGUUUUUCAAACUCAGAAGUGGCCUACAGUUAUAUAGCUGGAAAUUUUUUCCCAACAGCGUGCACUCUCUUUUGUUACUUCAAGGUCACAUGACAUUUAACAAUGAAACUGUUUCCUGCUAAUAUCUCUGAGUGGGCAACAUUGCAAAAUCUACAACAUUAAGAGGGUUACAGUUAACAGUUCGGCUCUGCCUCGCGAAACACUGAGAUUUUCAGGAAACAAAAUUAAUUGUUUCCCUCAGGACCAGUCAUUAAGUGUUUAUUAUUUCCCUUCUGACAGUACAACAAUAAUUAUUGCUAGUUGUGUGUGACUCACAGAGGAGUGUGUAAAAAAUUGUACUCUGAUGCAUAAAGAGUUUGGAAAAAUUAUCCAGCUGUUGUGCAUUAUUUUAUGGCAUUUACUAAACAUGAUGUUUUUGUUUAAAUAUAUUUUUUAUACAGUAUAUUGAAAUAGUAAUUUGUUUCAUUUUUAUUGCUAUCCACCUUUCUUCCAGAUUCUCUACACAAGGAAAUCAGAGUAACAUACCUCAAUCUACAAUUUUUUUUGUAAUAGCAAUUAAAAAUUCUUAGAGAAUCCAUACAGAGAUUAUAAUACAAUUAAAUUAUGGUAUUCUUAAUUUCAAAAAUAACUAAUACAAAAUAUGAUAAGAGUUUUGUAUCAGAUUUUCAGAUGCUUAUCGCUAAUGUAUAAAAGUAUCUACACUGUUCGCUUAAUAAAUUCAUGUUUAAUGAGUUUCUGGAUACAAAUUGAAUUAGUAAUGAAAUUUAUUGCUUGAAAGACCCCCAAAGAAAUCAAUUUUUCUGUUCCCUCGAAUAUUAAAGUUUCCUGAGGCAGGUAAUGUUCCCUGUGAUAGUGGCAAAAUAAAUAAAUAAAUUAUUUAAUUAAUAAAUGUCCCUUAGAUUUUUAGAAUUGCUAGCCAAAAUGGAAGGAAAGACAAGAAAUGCCCAUCUUGACAAAGUGCUGUCAGUACUCAACAUGAUGAUGCAUACAUACAGAGACAGGCAUGAAGUAGAACAUUGGUAUGUACAUUGUAUAACAAUCUAGUGCGGUCAACGGCCAGAGAGUAAUAUUAUUGCACUUGGAUGCCAGGUUCUAUCAGUAACCUUUUUAUUUUCAUUAAAAUAUGAGUGUAAAAUUUUGUUCAAACAUACUGUAUUUUGAUUAGUCCCUCCUUCAAAGUAGUUAGAGUCAAAGGCUAAUUAGUUGUAAUUUUUUGUACACUUUUAUUAGGAGAACAUCCAGAUUUGCCAUCACUGAGACUUCACUAAAAGGUAAAUGAAAUGAAAAUGGUCUUGAAACCAAAUGCGCUUUUAUGCUGGUAUUUGUAUGUUGGGAAAAUCCCGGACAAAUGGGAAUCUCACUGUUUCCCGAUUGUCCAUUUUGAUUGUUGAAGUUUUUUUUUCUAGUUUCUCUUGGGGCCAUUUUAACUCCCAGGAGAAACUGAAGACAAUGCUUAUGCAAAAUUUUGGGGUGACAAACAAAGAGCAUUAUAUUAUUUUGGUAUGUUAUGGCAUUAUCUGUAGUGGUUAAUUUGCCCGUCAAUCCUGGACCUCCCUGACAGUAAUACCAACCAUCUGGGAUGUGUUGGGAAAACAGAAACACUCCUCUCUCCUGAUUUGUCCCUGACCAUGUCAGGUGACAGGAGAUAUCUGUGAUUUUAAGUUUUCAUUGGUUGGAAAAAUGUGCAAUUGUCAGGAAACAGAAAAAAACCCAGGUCAUCUGGGAUUUUCCUGACACUUCAGAUCUAACCUGAGAUCAGGCUCUAUUUUCGUUUCGCUUUGAAAAUUACAUUCCGGCGGGCAAGGCGAAACGAAAAGAGAGCCUGAUACAAACCUUUAACGAAAUGUCUGCCGCCCACUUUUUUGAUUGAUUGACAUUUUCCGAAUCAGCCAAUCAGAAUUACUUCCGUUGCUUGUUUUUCUAGUAUGCAAAUUUUUUCACGCGUGGGGAAGAUGCAGACUGGCUGACUUAAAAAAUAGCUUUUAUCUGUUAAUUUUUUCAGCUAAAAAUAAAAUAGUCAGCACAAUCACAUUUAACUUCUUGCGAGAUUAAGGGAGAUCUCAAAGGUUACUUCUGUUGGAGUAGAAGGUAAAAAGUUUUCGAAAAGACGGCGACACGAUGUUCUACUAGUUUUAUUAUUUUGGCUAGGUGCUCUGGAAUUUAAAAUAAUGAAAUCUCUAUUUUUCCGUUGUCUUGAUAUUUUCCUCGGCAAUUUCCCCUGAUUUUCAGUACAUAAAUCUUUAAAAACAAAAGCAAACAGCCAACGAGCGAGGACACCAGUUUUCUUGAUUUGUUUUUAACAAAAAGCGUAGUCAAACAACCAGUCUGGGAACACUGAAAAUUCCUUGAACAGCGAUGCGAUAUUUUUUGUCUAAUACUUCACAGUUGGCGAUUGAGGUUUCUUUCGCAGUGAGCCUCCACUUGCGUACCCCGUUGAGAGAAGUCAUUCCCGGCUAAACUUUCAAAUGAAAGCAGUUUUAAGAUGGACAGUAUUUUGAUUUGCACCCGCUUGUUGGUAAAUCAAAAUGCACCUUGUUAGCGGUCAACAACUCGCAGAGGGAUUCAACUCCGCGAUACACUCACUUUCCGUAAUUAAAGCAAAUCCUGAGAAGAUAUGAACAACCACAUGAAUUUUCUGAAUUUCCAUGGCACAUAUUAAGGCAUAUUUUACUACCAUAAGACCAUAAAAUAAUAAAAAAGACAGCAAAAUCGAUCCUUCUCUCCACCGACGACGGAUCAUUCACGAAAACAACCACGCGAGGAAUAAGCACUUCCAACUUCCGGCGUUUCCAACAACCAAUCAGAUCUUGUGGCAUUGUUCUAACAGCCAAUCAGCGUUACGGCCAAAAUCUGGCCAUGACGAGCACAAACUUGUAAUAGUUUGUAUCAGGCCCAAUUUCAGCGGUAGCCGUUAGAGAGAAUGUAUGCGAACCGCUCAAAUUGGGCCUGAUCUCAGGUUACUUCAGAUCAGUUUGUCAAUCCUGAAUCAGGGGCUUGGGUCAAAUCAACCUCAGUUUUUUGUGGCAAACUUCAAUCAUUUUUUUUUUCAGGAGAAGGUUCAAAAUCAGUUAAGUCAACAUAUGAAUGCAUUCAAGCAAUUCCUACACCUCAAAGUACUUACAAGUAUGAAAAUGGUUGUAGUACUGAGAAUGAUGCACAAGAAAUUGCAGUGAAUCAAGAUAGCACCGAUGAUGCCAGGGUUUUGUUAAGCAAUGACCUUGUGCGUUUUCAAUUGCAAGAGUGUCUCCAAGAGUGUGUGGCAGGAAGCUUCAUGUGUUUGAAGAAUGACGAUGACUUAACAAGCGCUCACAUCACAGAGGACCUCUUUGAAAAGGGGGAUGGCACCGGAGACCACACCCUGUGUUGUAAACCUGUACAUGUAGAUCUAGUUGACACUGACAUUGCAAAAGCCAACAAUAAUGAAGAGUAUGCAUUUAUUUUUUCUCAGUAA